AUGCUACUUCUGUCUGCUCCUCCUCCCCAGGCACCGACAAGGUGCCCAUCCGACGGACGAUCAAAUGCGUCCGAGCCUCCCGUUGGCCCGUCGUAUCCCGGGCUCCGAGGCAAAAGCGAGCCCGCGGCCGCGCGGGCGAAAAAAGAGAAUUUGGCGCGGAGCGCGUGCGCGUGGGGCAGGCAGGCUCGCGUGGAAGGGAGGGGUUCAAGCGAGGAGGGGGCGGAGAAGGGGAAGGGCAGAGAGACGAGAGACAUGCUGAGGCGAAUACCUCGCGGGACUGCAGCACGGCUCGGGACAGCUGCUGGCAGCCACGCCAAGACCUCGUCGGGCACGGACUGUGCUCCGGCAGAGGUGUACACCAGGCUCAGCCAUUUCAAAGAGCUGGGGUGA